AUGACAGGGCCAGCAAUUGAAUUUGGCAAUACGAAAAAUAAGUUUUGGGAAACUGAAAACGAAAAUUUAUGAUUAGAUGCGAUUUUUGAGACUUAUCGACAAUUGUACUCAAAAAAGAACCUCGAAAAUAAAUCUUUUUCGAAACAAAAGGUUAAAGCAGUGCUUGAAGCAACAAUUUGGUGUUUGCAAGUUGCAGCUUUAAUAUGGAUUCCAAACCUUCCAGUUAAAAAUUGGAGUGGAAAUAUUUUUAUUUGAGAGAUCAUGGGGUAUUUAAGAUUUGAUACCACCUGUGUUAAGCUAGGCAUUAUUAAUGAAUGCCUAUACUUAUCAUUUUUGACAGUUUUCUGUAUAGGUUUUGGCCAUUUAGUUAUAGCUUUUUUUUUGUACAAAUCAUUUGACUUACCUCAACAAAUUUUUGUUUUAUUUAAAAAAUUUUCCUAUUUAUGGGCUAUUAUGCUUUUUAUUCCUUCGAUGACUUUAUUUUCCAUUUACCUCAAAUAUAAUUUUUCUCCUGACUCCCCCUUGAAUAGCAAUCAAUAUUUAAAUAACUUGCUCACAAGGAUAAUUUUUGGAUUCAAAAUCCAGAAUACAUUUUACUUUAAAUAAUAAUUAUAUAUAUUUUAAUUUUUUUUAAACAAGGGAUAUAGCUUGAGCACUCUAUAUUCAAAAAAUAGGAUUUUCUUAUGUGCUCUGUGAUCUUAGGGAGAUUGAGGAAAAAGUAUUAGAAUAUAACUCAAAUAAUCAUUUCAAGGACUUUGAAAUUAACACUGCUUUGCAGAUACUGAUCGUUUUUGCAAUGGCUAUUUCUUUUUUUCUUAUAUUAUUUUACUCUGAACUUACAGGUGAAAUUCGUCAUUUUGCAGCUCAGCAAACAAUUAAAGCAAAAGCGCACUCAAGAGUUGAUAAUCAUAUGGCAAUUUUUAUAUAUAGAAGUUUCCUAUGUUUGGCGCUGUAAGGCCGAUAAAUUCUGAUCGGAAUUUAUCGGUAGGUUGCACCAAAUCAAUGCCUUGGUCGGACCAAAAAGCGAUUUGGUCCGACGAACUUGGAAAGCUCCUGGGAAAAUGUCUGCGCUUUUAGCGCUAUAUAGAGGAAACCUCUAUAUUUCUUACCAAUUUUUUAUACGAUAAUUGCAGAAAAUCAUAUUAUUUAUUAUCAACUUAUGAUAAUGCUUUUUUCACUAUUUUUGAUGUGGGAAUCUAUAAAUUAUAUUCCCUAUUUUUCUUUUUUUUGCAAUUCGCUAUUGAUCCUUACUUCCUUAAUAAGCAAGUUCUUUAUUUUCCCCCUGUUUGAAUUAUUUUUUAAUUAUUUUAGGCCUCAAUAUGUUUUAAAACUGCAUAUAUUGCUUCUUAAAUAUCACACUUUCUAUAUUUCAGCAUAUGAUUUUGAAAUUACCCUUAUAUAUUCUACAAUAUUAUACUAAAAAAAUAAUGCUCCUUAGCUUGCCCACUCAGAAAAUGAGAGUUAGGUUUUUUAUUAUUGCUGCUAUAUCCUUUAUUUUCCAGCUAGGAUACUGGGUAGACAAUUCAUUAUCAAUUAUUUUAUUUGCAAUUGUGCUGAUACCUUUAUCAUCAUUAUAUUUUAUUAAUUUUAUCUUAAAACUUCAGCAAAGAACAAGAACCAAUUUACCAAAUAAUUUAACAGGAAUUAAUUCAAAAUAUCAAUUAGAAAAAGCUUUAAGACACGCUUUGUGUGAAAAUGAUGCUGAAAAUAAAGAUCAAAUCAUUUACAUUUUUGAAGCAUUUUUUAUAGAAAAGACUACAAAUAGAGCCAAAUUACAAGUUAUAUGGGAAAUAAAUUACUGCUUGCACACGCUAAAAGACGAGUCUUUAGCUAGAGCUAAAUUAAGCAAAAUCAGCAAAAUUUCUGAUUGGAGUUUGUUGGCAAAUUAUCAAGCAUAUUUGUGUAAGAAAAAUAUUGAAGAUUCCUAUACAAAUGAAAGUUCAAAAUUUUUAAACUAUUUCCAGCAAUUAAAUUGAAUUAAGAAAGAAGAUAAAAAAUUAUGCGAAACCUUACUAGAAUUUUGAAAAGAGGUGGCUUCAGAUUCGCCAAUUUUGAAUAGGCUUAUAAGAAAACUGAAUUUCAUAGAUAAAAAUAUUUUGUCCCUAAGCAGAGAAUAUAGUCAAAUAAUUACAAAAUUUUCCAAUUCCAGAGAAUCUUUACUCCCCAGCUUCGUGAGUGAACAAAGCCAUUGGAUAGAUUCCUAUUUUUGUACCGAAAACCACCCCUAUGUGAGUUCUAAUUUUGCAAAUUGGAUCUUUUAAAUUUGAAAAAACAAAUUUUAUAUAUAUAAAAUUUUAACAGAGUAAAUAACCGUCAGAGGAGUUAGCCCUCUAUGCUUCAUAUACAAGAAAUAUUCUUUUUGAUAUAGAAAAAGGGAUUAUGCUUGACAAUAAAUUAAGAUAUUUUGAUAGGCUUGCUCAAAAUUCCACUAAUGACAUAAGAAAUUUCAGCUUUUUUGAUGACGGAAAUGGAAUUUUGAUAUUUUCCAAUGAAGAAGAAAAUUUCGGAGAAAUUCUAUUUGCUAAUUCUGCUGCUUCAGAAACUUUAAAAUUCACGUCACUUGUGGGUAACAGCAUAUCUAAUUUUGUUAUACCUUAUUAUAGAAAAAUAUUCAUAGAGAAAAUGAAAUGGUAUGCUCAUUUUAGCUCUGCCUCAGAAAUUGACUUAGAGGAGGGAUUUUUUAUAGACCUUCCCACACAUUUUUUAAUAGAGUGCACAGGAAAAGCAUCAAUGACAGCUUCCUUACUUACUUAACUAGGUGGCUAGAGUCCACUUUGUUAGUUUGGUUACCGAGGAUCCCACCAGGGGUUCAUUCGCUUUGUGAGACAUUACUUCCGAUCGCAAGAAAGGCGGGUUGCCUGGCCGUCACCUCCUCCUUGCCACUUCGUGGUGACUCCAGUUUUGAGUGGGCAGACUACGGGUUCUCAGGACCUUGCUUCAGGCUGCUGCAGCAAGGUUGCCUAAACAGAAAAAUCCAAAAAAUGGAUUUUCUGGCCAACUUUCGGCAAAAAGGAAAACUUGUAGCCCAGGCCGUAAUCCCGGUUUCACGGAGAGAAAAUGCCCUAUGGAUCCAAAGGACCUUGCUGAGCAAUCCCUUUCAACUUCCAAAGCCUCCUCUUCCCUCGAGGUAAAACCCAAGUUGAAAACUGCCAAGGGCUUCUUACGCCACAGGAGCUGCUUACCUAGCAUAGCUGACUAUUUCCAGCUUGGUAAAACCUUGCCGAAAAUAAUUUAAUAUGUGCUCGAAGGUUGUAUGGCCGGGAGACCAUGCUCAAGCUGAGACAUCAUAUUUAAUAAUGCAUCAAUAACAGCAAUUAAUAAUUUUCUUAUUACAGUACUUGUUUUUAAGCUAAAGCCUGCAAGUCAUCAAGUUGCAUUAAUAUCAGAUGAUGGAGAAAUUUUAGGACAUACUGAAGAUUUUUCUAAAUAUGCUAAAUAUUCUGAUAGAAAUUUGAUAGGUUUUGAUCUAUUCAAAAUAUUUAAUUUUGAAAAAUUUCAAUUUCAACCAUUCAUUCCUUAUCAUUUAUCAGAUAAAAUUUUGGUGUUUAUGUAUUUUGAAGUCUGCGAUGUCAAAAUAUCAUAUAUUUUAUUAAUAAAUGACCCCGAAGAAAUGCAAAAAUGGCAAGAUAAAGCACUUGAACAAUGUUCCUGCCCUAUCAGCCCUUCUUAUAUUAAUAAUAAAAGAAAAUCAAGGCUAUUAGAAAAUCUUGGAAUUCCUAUGAGCCAGCCAAUGACUCCAAAAUCCCAAGAAAAUAGAGAACUUAACUUUGAUACUGAGUGCAGACUAAUUAUAAAUAAGUCCGAUGAAAAUUCAGAUAUUCUUAAUGACAAAUCUUCAGACAAACUUGAUGAAAAAUCCCAAAUUUCUUUGCACACCUCCUUAAAACAAUUUUUAAGCAUUAUAAAAAUAUUUUCAAGGUCUAUAAAUAUUUUGCAUUUUGUUUUUGUCCUCUCUGUAAAUUUUAUAUAGGUUUUAAUUGUAAUUGCUACAAACAUCGCAGUUUUAUUUUAUGCAUUUUCCAGCAUCGAUUUAGUCAGCGAUAUGAGCCUUCCUUUAACUGUUGGAGAAGCUGGCAAAAAUUUACAAUUAGCUGCUUAUAUAGCAAAAGUAGUUUUAAUAUUGUCGCCAUAUGCAAUUUAUUCCAGCUCAAUAUUACCUCCGAUUUUUGCAGGAUUAGAAACGAAAAUUGGUGAACUGGAAAAUAUUCAUUCUUAUAUUGCUGAUUCCCCUCCGUGAGCGAAUAAAACCAUUGAAAAAAAUGCUUAUUUUUGGGAAGAAACCACCGUGAGUGGAAAAAAAUAUAAAACUUGUUUUGAUAUGCAAUUAAUAAUAAUUGUUAUAAUAAAAUCUUGCAAAUUCUGCUUAAUCCUAAAUAGCUUGCAUUUUAAAACAUAAAUUUUAAGGAUUUUUUAAAUUUUAAAAAAAUUUAAUAUAUAUUUUAUUAAAAAAAAAUAUCGUUAGUUGCUUGUUUUUAAGCAAUGCAACUUGCAUGUGGAAUCUUUUUGACAUGUGGAAUCAUCUUUUCAUAUGUCGAAAAGAUUCCACAUGUAACUUGCAUUGUUUUUAAACAAGCAACUAACGAUAAUCCCUUCUUGAGCGAAUAAAAUUUUUUUUUUCGCUAUUAGAGAGGAGUAAUAAUUUAACAAGCUGGGACUCAUGCUCAGGCAGAAGUAUAGUUACCGAUAAAAAUAUUGACAUGUGGUAUUUGGAUAAUGGUAUUUAUCGGGAAAAAACAAACUUAUUGGAUACUUUAACUCUGUUUAUUCAGACUGUAAAAUCUAUAUAGGGAAAAGAAUUUAUAAGGAAGUAUAAUACUUCAGAAGAUUUUACCGAAGAAGCUGCAUUUAUGAUAAUAAAUGGAUAUGGUGAAGCUUUUUACUAUUGCAAUCACUCAAUGUAUGAUGUUAUAGAUUGCCAGGAAACUGGAAUCAAUAAUUUUAAAUCCAAAAUGUUUAUAUUAUUAGUGCUAGGGAUUGCUGUCUUGGGAACUUGCAUUCUAAUUAUGGCUCCAUUUUGCUAUUCAACUUUAAAAAUUGAAAACGAUCUUUGAAACAACGUAAGAAAAUCUGCAUAUAAGAACUAUUUUGAGCUUGCAAAUUCAAGCAUUGAUAGGCUUACAAAUAUUCAUUAUCAAGCUGAAAUUGCAACAAACGACAAAAAACUCUCAAAAAAGUCAUUUAAUUUCAAAAAUUAUUGAAAAUAUACAUGAAGGAUUUUUAUCUAUUGCAUAAUUGUAUUUUUAUUUUCUUUAACCAAUAUAUUGUAUUUUUAUGAAAAAUGUGCCGACUAUUUGUCUUAUCGGCCUGAAGUGAUUAGAGAAUUGUUAACUAUUCAAACGUCAUACACAAAUCUAGGAAUAUGAGUGACUGAGAUUUCAGGAGAAUAUACCUAUAGUACUAUAAAAAAUCAAUUGUACAUGGCAUAUCCUUUUACAAAUAGUGAAUCUGCUGUACAAAAGGCAAUUUCGAAAAUAAAAUAUUCAGAAAUUAUUCUAAGGGAUUUUAAGUAUUCUGAAAUUUUAUCAAAAGGAUUCAAUAGAAUAUAUUAUGAAAAUGUCAACUCGGCUUGAAAUGAGCUUGCAACGGGAAUACACUCAGCUGGACAAAUAACAAUAUAUGAUUCUGGAGCUCUUAUAUAUCUUUAUUAUGACCUUUACUCAUGACUACGUUUUUUGAGUUUUAUCUUUGAACUUGACCAAUAUUAUAGCAAAAUAAUUGUUGAAGUCGAUAAGUACUCUCAAAGUGUGAUCGAUGACCAAAUACACUUGAUAAUGACGAUUCUUGUACUUUUUAUCAUGAUUUCUUUAGUAAUUUAUUUCGGAAAAUAUUUGAUAUUUUUCAGGAAUGAAAAAAAAUAUUUGAUGAAAAUAAACUCGAUGAUGAAAAUAAUACCGCAAGGGGUUUAA